GUUCCUGAAAACGACAAUAAGCUAUGAAGUGAGUUUCUUUAUCGGCAUAAAAAAUAUCUGCUGAUAAAGCUCUCUUCUCUCAGAGUAUCAUCUCAGUCUCUCCGCGGAGUCUCCGAAGUUUCUCUGGUUAUAAAAGCUAAGAUAAAAAAAAAAAAUGCAAUCGUCAACGUACGCAGCUGUUAAAGGAAACGCCGCGUUUGCGUUUCAGAGACGUAGCUUCUUCUCUAACCUCGUCAGCAGAUCGGCCACUACUACUACCGGAAUUCGCUUCAAACCGCUCCACUCUUCCGCCUCGAAAGCCAUGGGAGCAAAACUUGCUCGCGCUGAAAACGGGAUCCACAGUCUCUCCUCGGUCAAAGCUCGAUCGGGUAGAGCACAAGCCUCCUCUGGUGGUGGUGGUGGUGAUGAAGAAGAAGCUAUGCCUCUGAGAUCUGAAGGAAAAAGCUCAGGGACGGUUUUACCCUUUGUUGGUGUUGCUUGUCUUGGUGCUAUCUUGUUUGGUUAUCAUCUCGGGGUUGUUAACGGUGCUCUAGAGUACCUUGCUAAGGAUCUUGGUAUCGCAGAUAAUGCUGUUUUGCAAGGGUGGAUUGUUAGCGCGUUGCUUGCUGGUGCAACGGUCGGUUCUUUCACCGGAGGUGCAUUAGCUGACAAAUUCGGACGAACUAGAACGUUUCAAUUGGAUGCUAUCCCGCUUGCCGUUGGAGCUUUCUUAUGUGCAACAGCUCAGAGUGUGCAGACUAUGAUUGUGGGACGUCUGCUCGCAGGGGUUGGAAUCGGAAUCUCAUCAGCCAUUGUACCACUUUACAUAUCCGAGAUAUCACCAACUGAAAUUCGCGGUGCACUCGGAUCUGUGAACCAGUUGUUCAUAUGUAUAGGAAUACUUGCUGCCUUGAUAGCUGGAUUACCCCUUGCAGCAAACCCUCUCUGGUGGAGGACGAUGUUUGGUGUUGCAGUUAUCCCUUCCGUUCUGUUAGCGAUAGGAAUGGGGUUUUCUCCAGAAAGCCCAAGGUGGCUCGUUCAGCAAGGAAAACUUACUCAAGCAGAAAAGGCUAUCAAAACUCUGUAUGGUAAAGAAAAAGUGGUUGAACUAGUGCGUGACUUAUCAAACUCUGGCCAAGGUACUUCUGAGCCAGAGGCAGGAUGGUUUGAUCUAUUCAGCAGCCGCUACUGGAAAGUUGUAAGCGUAGGUGCGGCCCUCUUCUUGUUUCAACAGUUAGCGGGUAUAAAUGCAGUAGUAUACUACUCUACAUCUGUGUUCCGCAGCGCCGGGAUCGAAUCUGAUGUUGCAGCCAGUGCUCUUGUUGGAGCAUCAAACGUGUUUGGAACUGCUGUUGCUUCGUCUUUGAUGGACAAAAUGGGAAGGAAAAGUCUUCUACUUACUAGCUUUGGUGGAAUGGCGUUGUCUAUGCUGUUGCUGUCUUUGUCCUUCACAUGGAAAGCUCUUGCUGCAUAUUCAGGCACUCUCGCUGUUGUUGGAACUGUUCUCUAUGUCCUGUCAUUCUCACUUGGUGCUGGCCCGGUACCAGCUCUUCUUCUUCCAGAGAUAUUCGCAUCUCGGAUCAGAGCAAAAGCUGUCGCUCUUUCUCUCGGCAUGCACUGGAUCUCAAACUUUGUGAUAGGACUCUACUUCUUGAGCGUUGUGACUAAAUUCGGAAUCAGCAGUGUGUACUUGGGUUUCGCAGGAGUGUGUGUCCUUGCCGUCAUGUACAUUGCAGGAAACGUGGUGGAGACUAAAGGACGAUCACUCGAGGAAAUAGAGCUUGCACUUACCUCUGGAGCUUGAAAUUAAUCCUUGAUAGCCUCUAUACCACUUUGUUUCAUCAUUGAUCCUUGUUAGUCUCUCUCUCUCUUUCUUUCGGUCUACUCUUGUUGCUCUCUAAUAACUUGAACAAUGGACUAAGUAAUCAAUCAAAUAACGAGAAAUCGAUUCAAUAACUA